GACGCGAAAUUUUUGCAAACAAUUAAAUUUUAAUCAAUUAAAUCGGAAGUACGCCAUAUUGCAAAGAUGCAGCAGCAGCCUGGAACCCCCGGCGCACCCAACAACAGUGCAGCCUCGACCACGACGUCUUCCGGCGGGGACUGGGCGUCGCGCGGAUGCAAUACACCUGGAUGCACAGUGUCCACCGUUGUGGAGAAGACCAAGCGCAAGUGCUCGCAGUUCGUGUCGUCGCCGUACGUGAUGCCCAAGCCGGUGCUCGUCAACGGCACCACAUCGGUGUUCCAGGUGGGGGGGGAGAUGGCCAAGAUGGUCGAUAUUCCAUCGAUUUCCAAUGCCAGUGGCGGCGAUUGCGGCAAGCCCAUCUAUCGCAUCAAGCCGGGCACCCAUGCCCACGUGAUAAACUUUGUGCUCAUCGACGAGGGCUCCGAUUCGCUGGAGAAGGCCAUGUCGGGCGACCAGGAGGCCAUGCGCAUGGUGAUAGACUCCCAGCGUGAGUCCGCCAUCGGCAAGCUGAACAAAAUGGUGGCCUGCCACCGAGGUGCGGCUGUGGCGGCCAAACCAACCAGCCAGCCUCCCCCUCAGCCAGCCACUUCGGCGGCCAGCCACGUGCACGUGACUACGCCACAGAUUCAUCCAGACUUUUCGAUUGCCAGUGUCGAGGGUGCUGUGCCCUUUACCGGCGCUGCCAAAAAACCAGCCGCCGCACCAACAGUGGCCCCAGCCCGCGCCCCCGCCCCCACAGCAGUGGCCAGCCAUCCAACGCCCAACUCAAGUCAGGGCCGCCUGCAGGCCGAAGGUCUACAGCUGCGUCGCACUGUCGCGCUUCUGGAGGAGGCCCCGCGCCGCUAAACCCUAGUCUAAACACUAAGCCUAUUCCAAGAUAAAGUCCAAAGAAGGCAUAAUUUUAAGAUGUAUCCCUGUCACUCUUCCUAUCAAAAUUCAUUUAUAUUUUUUCGUAUUAAUCUUGUUACCCUGCGAAUGCCUUUCGGCGCCUUUCAAUUUGUUUCCCGGUCUGAUGUGGGUCUUCUCCACAUUCGCCAUGGACUUAGGAUGGUUGGGUUUAAAUGCCCGCCAUUAUAGUUAUAAGAACUCCCGAGAGAUGUGUUUUCUGUUACAUUGAUCAACGAAUAUUUGCUAUUUGUAAUCGAAUUUUUUUUUUUUUAAUAAAGUUAACCAUUGAGAAAAGAUCAA